ACAUACACACGCAUAGCGUAAUUAAGAUAUAAUUAGUGCUAUUAAUUUCGAUCUUUUUAAGAAUAUUAUUGUUAUUAUAAGUAUGGAGAAGACAGGAUUUUCUUCAUUAACGCCGUCGAUGACGUCAGCAGCAGCAUUAACGGCUAAGGAGGGUGUUCAAGUUCAAGUACAUUCUCCGACCAGCCAUGGAAGUACGGUCACAAUUCUGAGCAUCGACGGCGGCGGUAUUCGAGGGAUUAUUCCAGCUGUCAUUCUAGAAUUCCUCGAAGCGCAGCUCCAGAAGCUGGACGGGAAAGAAGCUCGGCUGGCGGACUAUUUUGACGUGAUCGCCGGAACGAGCACCGGCGGGCUUGUGACGGCGAUGCUGACGGCGCCGGACAGCAACGGCCGGCCACUCUUUGCGGCUAAGGACAUCAAGCCAUUUUAUCUCGAGAAUUGCCCCCGCAUCUUUCCGCAGCAUUCACGCGUGUGUGGGCUGAUGAGGAAGGCGUUGAAAUUAGCGGUGAUAGGGGGGCCGGCGUACGACGGGAAAUAUCUGCAGCAGGUUGUCCGAGAGAAGCUAGGGGAGACUUUAUUGCAUCAGGCGUUGACUAACGUUGUCAUCCCAACUUUCGACAUCCGCCAUUUGCAGCCCACCAUUUUCUCUACCUUUGAGGCGAAAGAAUCGUCGAGCUUGGACGCUCGCUUGUCGGACAUAUGCAUAGCGACGUCGGCGGCGCCGACGUUCCUCCCGGCGCACUACUUCAAGACGGAAUCCGGCGGCGGCGCCGCCCCUCGGGAGUUCAACCUGAUCGACGGCGGCGUGGCGGCGAACAAUCCGGCGCUGGUGGCGAUCUCCCAAGUGACGAAACAGAUACACGGCCGGAACCCUGACUUCUUUCCGAUCAAGGCGACGGACUACGGGCGGUUUCUGGUGAUCUCGGUGGGGACGGGAUCGGCGAAGGCGGAGAAGCGGUACAGCGCGCGGGCGGCGGCGAAGUGGGGCGUUCUGGGGUGGCUCCUCCACGGCGGCUCCGCCCCUCUGGUGGACGUCUUCACGCAGGCCAGCGCCGACAUGGUGGAUUACCAUUUGUCCGUUGUGUUUCAGGCUCUGCAUUCUCAGCAAAACUAUCUGCGGAUUCAAGACGACUGCCUGAGGGGAGAGGUGGCAUCAGUGGAUGUUGCCACGAAGGCAAAUCUGGAGAAGUUAGUACAGACUGGUGAGAAUUUAUUGAAGAAGCCCAUGUCCAGAGUCAAUUUGGACACUGGCCUUUCUGAGCCCACUCUCAAUGGUGGAUCUAAUGCUGAUGCCCUCAAAAGGUUCGCAAAGCUACUGUCAGAUGAGAAAAGGCUCCGUGACUCAAAGUAUAAAGCCACGCUUCUUGCCUAGAAAUUACUAUUAUUAUUAUUAUUAUUAUUAUUAUUAUUAUUAUUAUUAUUAUUAAUUCCUAAUGUCUGUCUGUCCAUAGCUUCCCUUGUUCAAAUUUCAUGAUAUUUCUGCAAAUCUGUAUCCAGACACUGUACUGUGUUCUUCCACUGUAAUAAAAAACCAUUGAAUAUUUUGCACUAGAA